GAUCUGAAAACUAGUAAUAUUCUUCUAGAUGCUAAGAUGAACCCAAGAAUUUCUGAUUUUGGCAUGGCUAGAAUAUUCCAUGGAGACCAAUUGCAAGAUAAGACGAGGCGAAUUGUUGGAACAUAUGGCUACAUGUCACCAGAGUACGCAAUAUUUGGGAGAUUUUCAACGAAAUCUGAUGUAUUUAGUUUUGGGAUCAUAAUGUUGGAGAUUGUAAGCGGCCGGAAAAACAAUGGUUCUGAACUAGAGGAUCCUUCCAUGAACUUGAUAGGACGUGUUUGGGAGCUAUGGGGAGAAGGCAGGGCCUUAGAUAUUGUUGAUUCGACACUGAAGUCAUAUCAGCCUAAUGAAGUCAUGAGAUGCAUACAAGUUGCGCUCUUGUGUGUACAAGAAGAUUCAAAGGACCGACCUGCCAUGUCAGCCAUUGUUUUCAUGUUGAGUGGUGAAGCAUCUCCUCCAUUGCCUAAGCAUCUGGCAUUUGUUUACAGAAGAGAUUCCGACGCUGAUGUUGAUCCGUUACAUGCAAACGGAACUGAUUCUAUAAAUGACUUGACAAUAACUACAAUGAAAGCUCGAUAAUGAUGCAAAACUUAAAAUUCUGACAAUAUGUACCGGUGUUUAUUUAAUUAAUUUUUCAUCAGAAUUUUCUGUUUUUAAUUUCCUAUCUGUUUCUAUAAAUCAAAUAAGAUUAUCUAAUCCAGUUCCUAAUA